UUUACUCGCUCUGUUACAGGAAGUUUGACAGAGGUGGAUCUGUCACAGAGAAAGGAGAAAAGUUUAGAAAACUUUAUAGUGUUUUUUUACACUACAACACACGAAUGUGUUACAGUUUCGGUUAUAUACAAUUCUCCUGAAUUAUCUCAGGAAUUUAAGAAUCUUUGUUCUAUGUAAUGACUUUAGGGGACGGACACAGGAGAAAAGCAAGAUCAUGCGGUCACAUCAGGUCCCCCGCCGCGAUCCCGCAACAUUUUAAUGUCCUCUACAUAUUUAGUACUUUAUAUACAAACAAGUGCUUAUCUUCAGCAGAAUGAUGUCUGCACACAGCAGCCAUCUAAUCUCAGCGAUUAGAUAUGGAUUUAACGGAAUAAGGACUAAUUCUUUAAGGUCUGACACGCAGUUCUUUCGGCUUUUGAGAGGUUCACGCAUGUUGGUCAGAGAGUUGAGUACCUCAGUUAAAACAAUACAGUAUGACCUGAAAAAAUCAGACAUAACUAAGUCUGGCAAUAGGACGUUAUUCUUUGAUACUCAUGCAAUGGUUCAGCUGCUUGAGGAAAGUGGUUUCGUGACUCAGCAGGCAGAGGUCAUCGUCAAUAUGAUGGUAAAUAUCACAAAUUCAAACAUGGACGUUAUGUACGGUGACAUGGCUACCAAAACGCAGCAGGAAAUCAUGUUACAGAAAGUCAUGUCUCAUAUUGCUGCUGUGAAAAAGGACAUGAUCAUUCUGGAGAAGAGUGAAUUCUCAGCAUUACUAGCAGAGAAUGAGAAAAUCAAGGUUGAGCUAUCACAGCUAAGAAUACAACUCACUGAUGUGAUAAACAAAAGGCGUGCAGAUGCCAUUUUGGAUUUGAAUGUAGAAAAAAGCUGUGUGAAGGAGUUGACAGCCGACUUUGACAGAAAGCUUAUUGGGACCAGGAAUGAAUUGAUAGAAAUGCAUUCUGAGCAGGAUCGUCACGUGACACAGACUAACAUGAAAAUCGACACAGAAGUGGCGGGCCUGAAGACUAUGCUGGAGUCACAUAAACUGGAUACUAUCAAAUAUCUGGCAGGUUCAGUAUUCACGUGUCUCACAGUCAUACUUGGAUUCUAUCGGAUAUGGAUGUAAACAUCAGCAGAUUUGUUCUUCCUGAGAAAAUGUCUCAUCAGCCUUGGGUCAUAAGAAGAUCUGUGGUAUUCACAGCUCCUGUUGGAGCAAAUGUUCAUUCCUGCAUUAUUAUAUCAAGUUCUGUUAGGAAAAAAGUAAAUCACAUUUACAUACCUAGAUGGUACCUACAUAGUGCUACAUCUUGCAGUAGUUCAUGAUGUUCAUUCUUAUUAAAACCAAUGUCAACAGAUGAAUGAAUCCCAAGAUAAUACAGUACACAAAUAUGCCAAAGAAGGUGCAAGGUAUGUUAUAAAUCAAAGAUUCUUGCAAAUAAAUAUACAUACACAUUUUUUUAAAACAAACAAACACACAUGGUCAUUUUUUAAAA